AUGGCAACAAAAUGGGGAAUACUAAGCGCUUCCAAAAUCUCCCACGAUUUUGUUCUAGCUUUAGAAAAAUUGUCUCCUGAAGAUCAUAAAGUAGUGGCUGUUGCUGCCAAAGACAUAUCUAGGGCCAAAGAUUUCGCCGAUGAUUUUGGUAUUUCUACUUAUUACGGUUCUUACGAAGAGCUCGGCAAUGAUUCCAAUGUCGACGUUGUCUACAUCGGUGCCCUUAACCAUCAACACUAUUCAUUGACCAAACUAAUGCUCGAAAGAUGUAAGCCCGUGUUAUGUGAAAAACCGUUUUGUAUAAACGCCAAACAACUCGAUGAAUUGAUAAAACUAUCAAAAGCUAAAAAUGUAUUUCUAAUGGAAGCUAUGUGGAGUCGUUUUACACCAGCCUAUCAAAAAGUAGUCGAAGUAGUGCAAAACGGAACUAUCGGUACAGUCUUACACGUGCAGGCGAACUUUGGAAGACAAAUGUCAAACAUCGAAAGAAUUUGGAAAAAGGAAGUGGGAGGAGGCUCAAUACUUGAUAUUGGUGUGUAUACACUGCAUUUAGUUGAUACAAUACUUGGACCCGGCAAACCCGUAUUCAUAGAAAGUAAAGGAACAUUAAAUAGUCACGGCACAGAUGAAAAUAUGUCUGCUAUUCUCGAGUAUCCUGAAGGGAAAAUAGCCGUCAUCUCGAUACACACAAAAGUGGAAAUGGACUGUUCAGCUUACAUACAUGGCACUAAGGGCACAAUCAAGAUUCAUGAACCAUUUAACGGUUCAAAUAAAGUAACAGUUAACACGACCAAUAAUCAUACCUCAAGCUAUACUUUUGUACAACCAGAUACAAGAAAACCCACAAUAUUUCCAAAUAGUGUUCAGUUACGUUACGAAAUAGAUCAUGUCAGACAUUGUUUAAAAAAAGGUUUCAUUGAAUCGCCAGUUGUUACUCUAAAUAAUAGUUAUACCGUACAAGAAAUAAUGGAUCGAUUGAGAAAUCAAAUUGGUGUACACUUUGAAGAUUAUGAUACUUCACCGUGA